AUGUUCGUGGAGCUACUGACAUUACUGGCGGCGUUACAAGCCACGUUCGCAUGCGAUGAGCAGGACAAACUGGACAUAUCGGCCGGCGAACGCUCGCCGAACGGUGAUAUCCUCUACGACGGUGUGGUGUUCGAGAUGGGGGACUAUUCUGUGAGCCCCACUGGAACCGCUACGGCCUGCCCGAAGCCGGUCGUGAAGAAGUGUUGCCCGUUCGGAUCGGGGAACUCCGGAAGGAACUGUUUGGGGACAAACGCCACCUUCGACGUCGGCGUUUGGGACGAGUACAAUCCGAUAGAAGGCGCCAGAGCGAGGCAGAUGUUCCGCUUCAAAGUCGAGAAGAUGAACUGCACGCGGCCCUACGUUCGAGUGCAGGUAUCACAGCUGGGCGAGCUCGACUGGUCGGACAAUUGGCAUCUGAGAUCGGAUGGCAAACUGUUCGUCGAGCUGCCCAACAACAUUCCGCCGUGGAAUGUUCUCGACUCCGACAAAUACUGCAUCGAUACGUUCUUUUACGAAGGCGAAGAUGGGAAAACACAGACCCGUAUGGACGCCCUAGCGUGUUUCGUAGACGAGACCCCACCCAACCACUUCAAAGUCCGUAGCGCAUGCAUGCUGACCUCCUGCGUCUUCAUUCUGAUAACGGUGAUGGUGUAUGCUUGGCUGCCGGAGCUGCGGAAUAUGCACGGCAGGGUGCUUAUGGCGUACCUCUUGUGCCUUUUCCUCGGCUUCUUGUGCAUGUCGAGCAUGCAGAUCAUGCUCACGGUCGACAACAUCACGAAGUCUAUCUGCGUCGUUCUAACGUUUAUCAUUUACUUCGCUCUCGAGUCCGCCUUCUUCUGGCUGAAUGUGAUGAGUUUCGAUAUAUGGUGGACGUUCAGCGGGAAAGGAGGAAUGGGGUUAACCAAAGUAUCUAAAAGAUUUUAUGCAUACUCUUUAUAUGCAUUCGGUGUCCCGACGUUACUUACCGUACUACUCAUCAGUCUGGAGUUUUCUGGUUUAAGACCGCACCCAUUCCUACCCAGGAUUCAGGACCAAGGUUGCUUCCUGUUUGGAAGAAGUAAACUGUUAUAUUUGUAUGGUCCGAUGCUAAUCUUGUGUCUGGCGAACAUUGUGUUCUUCAUAAUGACCGCGGUGAAGAUAGCACAAAUUAAGCAACAGACGGCUAUGCUUAAGUCCAAGGAAAGCGCUAUGCAUGAUCAGCAUAGAAAGGAUAAGCAGCGGCUACUCUUGUAUUUGAAACUGUUCACUGUGAUGGGCAUCAACUGGAUUCUGGAGGUGAUAAGCGCCCUCUACCCGGAAGCGGAGUACAUCUGGAACUUCACGGACGCAUACAACGUACUUAUUGGCGUCACUAUUUUCAUCAUCUUCGUCUGUAAGCGGAAGAUAUAUCGUCUAAUCAAGAAGAGGAUCAAGGACUCGAUUACGAAAUCUAAACACGAUCCCGAAGAAUUGAAAUACAGAAGAACUGUUCCUAAAAGGCUCUGGGAAGAUGACCAGCCACAGAGGGGUAGUGUAGAAACCAUAAAAACGAUUAUUGGUGUGGAGCAAGGUUCACCAAAUGAACUGAAAACAAGCGUAUUA